AUGAUUCUCUACGGCUGCCCCGUAUGGAUGCAGGGCACAGUAAGACAAAGACAAAAACUACAACAAAUCCAGAGGAUCGCCCUGUUAAAGAUUACAAAAGCUUUUACUACCACCUCCACUGCCGCCCUCCAGAUCCUAGCCGGCACACUCCCAUUAGAUCUCAAAGCGGAAUUCGAGCGAGUCACAUACAGACUUCUGCACUUCAAAGAAUCAGCGACAUUAGAGGGUUCCAUUCUCCUCGAGGAAGCACUUUUAGAACCAUGCUUCAGUACAACAUCCCUACAUCCAGCCUCCCUCAGAGAUUUCCGAUGGGACAAACAUCCCCCGUCCGAUCAGGGUUUAGUGAUCUUUACCGACGGGUUUAAAGACGACACAAGAGUAGGCGCUGCUUUCGCAGUGUUCGACAAUAGUCAAGAAACUUUUCAAGAUCACUUCAGAGUCAGUGAUCAUGCCACAGUUUUUGAAGCGGAAUCCCUAGCACUUAGGAAAGCAGCCCUCUGGGCAAGCAGUUCAGAUUUUAACAAUGUCUCUAUCUACACAGACAGUAUGAGCGUCCUACAGAGUAUGAAUAAGACAGGCAAGAUUCCAGCGCAUAUUCAAUCUCUAAAAGAUCUUGUCUCUACUCUGAGUAAUACAAAGAAAGUCACCAUUCACUGGGUAAGAGGUCAUCAAGGGACAAGAGGGAACGACGGGCAGCCACAUCUCGUCAAGACUUAG